CGCCACCCGCCAGAAGAUCAUCAUCAAGCAGAGUGUGCCGGCCACCUGAGCAGCCCCCGCGCUCGGCGGCCUUCAUGCCGAGGCCGCUCGGCCUCCCCGGGCGCGGGCCCCCCCUGGGCGCCACCAUGACGUCCUACCGGCAGGAGCUGGAGAAGUACCGGGACAUCGACGAGGACAAGAUCCUGCAGGAGCUCUCGGCCGAGGAGCUGGCGCAGCUCGACCUGGAGCUGCUCGAGAUGGACCCCGAGAACGUGAUGCUGCCCGCGGGGCUACGGCAGCGCGACCAGACACACAAGAGCCCCACGGGGCCGCUGGACCGCGCGGCCCUGCUGCAGCACCUGGAGAAGCAGGCGCUGGAGGCCGGCGAGCGCGACGACCUGGUGCCCUUCACCGGCGAGAAGAGAGGGAAGCCCUUCGUGCCCAAGGCGCCGGCGCAGGAGGUGCCGCGCGAGGAGCAGGUGACGCUGGAGCCCGAGCUGGAGGAGGCGCUGGCCAACGCCACCGAGGCCGAGAUGUGUGACAUCGCAGCCAUCCUGGGCAUGUACACGCUCAUGAGCAACAAGCAGUACUACGACGCGCUCUGCAGCGGCACCAUCUCCAACACGGAGGGCAUCAACAGUGUGGUGAAGCCGGACAAGUACAAGCCGGUGCCGGACGAGCCGCCCAACCCCACGGACGCGCAGGAGACGCUGCGGCGCAUCCGGGCGGACGACGGCGCCCUGCAGGACGUCAACCUCAACAACAUCAAGGACAUUCCCAUCUCCACRCUGAAGGACAUCUGCGAGGCCAUGAAAACCAACACGCACGUGAGGAAGCUCAGCCUGGUGGCAACCCGCAGCAACGACCCUGUGGCCACCGCCGUGGCCGAGAUGCUCAUGGAGAACAAGACCCUGCAGAGCCUCAACAUCGAGUCCAACUUCAUCACCAGCGCCGGCAUGAUGAGCAUCAUCAAGGCCAUGUACAAGAACAGCACCCUCAGCGAGCUCAAGGUGGACAACCAGUGCCAGCGCCUCGGGGACACGGUGGAGAUGGAGAUGGCCACCAUGCUGGAGCAGUGUCCCUCCGUGCUCCGCUUCGGCUACCACUUCACGCAGCAGGGCCCGCGGGCCCGGGCGGCCAGCGCCAUCACCAGGAACAACGAGCUCCGUCGCAAGCAGAAGAAAUCCUGAGCUUUCCGGACGCUCC